AUGCGCACAGCUCUGCCUGAGCACCACUGGAGCUCCAGGACGGUGUCUGAGCUGCGGACGCCCUGCUCCUCCGGCCUGCUGUGCUGCGGCUGGUCUGAGCCCACCGGCAGCGUCCCACCCAGCCGGGAGCAUGGCCGAGGGCUGCCCGGGUGGCCACGACCUCCUGGGCAGCGUUGGUCUCGCCUUAGCCUUGCUACUCCAAAAGUCGAUAUGUGCUCGAAGCUCGGGAUGGAUUUGAAGCGAACGAUGCUGCUGCGACUCGCGCGGCGAGAUCCUAAACUGCAUCCCGACGAUCCAGCCAGGAGAGAGGCCAUCUAUAACAAGUACCAGGAAUUUGCAAUCCCAGAAGAGGAAGCUGAAUGGGUUGGCUUGAGUUUAGAAGAAGCGAUAGAAAAACAGAGGCUCCGAGAGAAAAAGGACCCUGUCCCGCUCUUUAAGGUGUACGCGGAAGAGCUCGUCAGCCAGCUGAAAGAACAGGCACUGCAGAAGCAGUAG